AACGGUUCAUAUCGUUAUACCAAAAGUCGUUUAUCUUUUCCAAAACACUAUUUUUACCUAAACUUAUAAUCGGAAUUUUAAAAAUAAUGCGUAUUUUUUAUUGAAGGACGGAAUUUGAGCUGUGAUAGAUGCUGUAGUACUGCGCAUGCGUGCAGUGCCUCGGCGUCUUUACAUUUAUUUUCAGUAUCUGGACGCUGCAUUACAUGUAAUGUCGGUGAAUUUCGAUGAGAAGAGCGGGGUGGUGCCAUGCAAGACUCCCUGGGGCUGCUGGUACCAGACCAUGGAAGAAGUGUUUAUAGAAGUCCAGGUGCCCCCUGGUACCCAGAGCCGAGAUAUACGCUGUAAACUGGGCAUCAGGGACAUAGCAUUGACUGUGCGGGACACACACAUCAUACAGGGACGGUUAUACGAUGCUACGAUCAGUGAUGAAAGCACUUGGACAUUAGAGGACAAAAAACUUAUUCGGAUAGUUCUAACCAAGUCUAACCGAGAUGCUGGCAAUUGUUGGCCCUCUUUACUAGAAGGAGAGUACUCCGCUGAUCCUUGGGUUCAAGAUGAGAUGCAGAAGAAACUGACCCUGGAAAGAUUCCAGAGAGAGAACCCUGGAUUUGACUUCAGUGGAGCAGAAAUCUCAGGAAACUACAGCAAAGGGGGCCCGGACUUCUCCAAUUUAUAGAAGUAAAGACGGUUAUAAAUGAACUAUUCAGUGGACGAUCAUAUAGAUAAUAAAAUGGAACAUUAUAAAAACACCAAAAAAAAAAAAAGGUUCAGCAUAAAAUCUACAUUUUAACAAUAGGGGUUUUCCCUAUAAACCAUAAGAUGUCCAAGUGCAGCCCAGCAGUAAGUGGUGAAUCACAAGUGCUACCAAUGGCCCUAAAAUCCAUGUAAAAGCAUCCUUAAAGGGGUACUCCGGUGGUAAAUUUUUUUGACUAUAUGGCAUCUUCUAUGAAAGUUUAGUUUUUUUGCAAUAUACAUGUGUUAUGUUUUGGCAGCAUGUGUGUGUUUUUCUUGCCUGUUUGUUGGGCAGGAAGUUAUGUAGUUCAGGGGGUUUUCUUUUACUGUUGUUCACAGUUCUGAGUCUGUUGUGGACAAGAUGUCACAGCUUUUUUUUUUUUUGUCUGCAUGAGAGGAAUAAGCCACGCCCCCUCCCCUCCCCCCUGCUCUGUAUUCUAAGGACGCAGGUCUGCAUAGGAGAAGGACCUCACAGAGAAGAUAAGCGUUAUCUGAAGGGGAGGAUGAGAAGGUGCACAGGCUGGGGAUGUAUGGACUGCAGGGGAAUAAAUCUCAUACUGGGAAUGAUUUCUAUGGGGGAGAUUUAUCAAAACAUGUGCAGAGGAAAACUUGCCCAGUUGCCCAUAGCAACCUAUCAGAUUGCUUCUUUAUUUUUUACAGGCCUUCAUAAAAAUGAAAGCAGCAAGCUGAUUGGUUGCUAUGGGCAACUGGGCAAGUUUUCCUUUGCACAUGUUUUGAUAAAUCUCCCCCUUUAUGCUAAGGGGGGACUCCUGAAUGACACAUGCUGGGAGUUGUAGUCCCUGUUGUGUGUGUGUGUGUGUGUGUGUGUGUGUGUAUGCUAGUUUUUACAAACCAGUAUGCCUCCAGCUGUUGCAAAACUACAACUCCCAGCAUGCCCAAAGGCUGUUAGGGCAUGCUGGGAGUUGUAGUUUUGCAACACCUGGAGCCACACUGGUUGGGAAACACUGGUGUAUGCCCUACAGAGGUGUGGUGAACUACAACCCCCAGGAGACUACAGAGGCAGCAUGCUGGUGUUAUACCACAGACUGAAGACUCCUGAAUGACACAUGCUGGGAGUUGUAGUCCCUUUUGUGUGUGUAUUACAGUGUAUCCCAACCAAGGCUGAUUAUAUUAGUGUGCUGUGUAUAAGGGGGCUGACCUGGGAAAAUAGUAAGAUGGGUAAAGGGCGGAACAAACAAAAAAAAAAUAGGAGCCGUCCCAAACCAGCAAGGCAUGUGGCAUGCUGGGAUUUGUAGUUUUCAGCACAGCAAGAAACAGGAAAUAGAAGCAAAGAUAGGAAAACAAAGUGGGGGAUGAAAAGACAACAAAGAACGGAAAUAGAGUAGGCUAAACAACAAGAAUAGAAAUGAAACAAAACAAAUAGGGUAAGUCAAAAACGGAAAAACACGUUGACCACCGGAGUACCCCUUUAAAGCGUACCUGUCAGAUCACCCAAAAAAAACAAAACUGUUAUAUGUUGCUCAACCUAAUGAACAUAGUUCAAAGUAAAAAUUCCUUCCCGACUCCAAAUAUGGCAUCAGAAUAAAUCUCUGGAUCAACCUUCAUACACACAGUUUGUAUAGAUACACAUUCACUUCAUAUAUUCAUACACACACAUUACAUAGACAUACCAAUAUACACACAUAGAUAUCCACACGCACAAAUAUAGAUGCAGCGACACUGACUUUUGUUAAAAAAAAUCCUCUUUUCAGUCCUGCUCACUGCCAGCACUGUGCUCCUGCCCCUCCCCCCCUGCUUCUCACACAAGAGAUGAAGUGAAGGUAAACAGUCAGGUAGAGUGAAGGGGCUGGGAGUGAGCUUGGACCUCCAUGCAGCCCUGUCAAUCAUGAAGUGUCUCCAUGACGUAGGUGAUGACCAGUGGACACUUCAGGACUAGUAUGUGUCCAAGCAGGUAGGGGGUGCAGUUUUUUGACUGGCUUUUUCAGUAUGAAAUACUGAAAAUUUUCUAAUGAAAGCAAUUGCAAAACAUAUUGUUUUUGCAUACUUUACAACAUAUCAAAAGUUUUUGUAUCUGACAGUGCCUAUUUAAUAUAGAUCCAUAGGGCAUAUUUAUUACAGGCUGUGCUAUAGUAAAGGGAAAUCAUAAAAUAAGAUUUUUGUUUCUGGAAGCUACCGUAUUUAGAUUUUUGCCGCAGAACACUCUGCCUCUCUUUUCAUAACCUAAAGAGACAGCCUUGUAUCUGGGUUAAAUUUUCCAUUUUUCUAUCCAGCUAGUAAUGGUAGAAUUAUAGUGUUUUCUAAUAAACAACUUUCUUGACCACAAGGUGGAGCAAAUUCUAUUCAUUUAAUGUAAACCACAGUGAGCAACCUCUUAUUUAUCAAGGAUUAAAUAGUUUACAACAGUGCGGAGGGUAGUUGUAAAAAAAAAAAAAAAAAUUCUGGGGCUUCAGUGGAAAAGGCUAUAUUUACCGAUCCCCGACUACUCCUGUUCAGCUUCUUUUGUUUUUCUCACCUCCUGUCUUCUGAGAUGAGAGCUAGGAGCAGGACCUUCCAGCACACCUUAAUUCACUUUGUCAUAACUCAAUCAUCAGAUUUUACCCUAUAUAAUGCUUGGCAAAGCGUUAUAUAGGGUAGAAUUGUUGUCCUCACCAU